AUGCUCGUUGACCUCUGGCUCGCUUCCAUACUUCCCUUGUCGCACAACAUUCCUGUUAUGGUGGAACUCGACAGUCUGCAGCAUAUUUCCCUCUUCCCGCCCUACGCAGAAGACGAUUUCCUUCGCCAAAAGGCCGAGGUCGAUAUUGUGUUUGAGCCGAACUAUAUCAUUGGCAACGCCCUUAGCAGGCAUAUGCUGUUUCCUUUGGUGCACCGCACAUAUUUUGUGGAGGAAUUCCUUGACAUCAUGGACAUGCUCGUGAGCGGUAGGGAUGAUGAGACGCCAUCGUUAGGACGACUUCCACUUGCUCUUACAACGGGAGUGGUGGAGACGUACGAUGAUGUUGUGAGCUACUGCCUCAGCCUGUGCUAUCUGCCCAUUGGCCUGCACCGCCGUAUUGCUGACACACGGAACUUAUCCCUUCAUGGACAACGCUUUGUGCUGACGAAUCCACCACGAAACCUCCCAGUCGACCGUAAGGGCGACGCCGUAUUCUACCUGCUACCCACUUGA